AUGAAAGAUAGAGAUUUAAUAUUUGAGUUUACCAGUCAUUGUACGAAGAUAUCAAGUGAUACUGAAUCAGAAAUAGAGAGAAAACUUAUUGGUCGUUGCGUUGAGGUCAAUGUGAAGAACCUUGUGGCACCGCACCCACUGAGAUGCUUGAGGAGUAUAGAUAGAAAGCAUGUCGAGAGUUUGAAAGAAUCAUUCAAAACAAGACCAGAAAACAGUGUUAUUUUUUUCGGGAUUGUCUUUGGAGAAAAUAUCGAUUUGAACGACUUGAACAAGAUUGGUUCAUUCCAAAUUGAAACAAUCGGUGGUAACCACUCAAGAAUUGCUCUCCAGGAGCUGUUUGAUGAAGGGCUCCUGAAGGAACCAACUAUCCAUGUAAAGCUCUACAAGAAUUUAACGGACACUGAGGCACUAAAGCUUGGGUUUGACCACAAUGUGUCGCAUGAACUUGCAAAACCCACAUCGGCUGAGGAAUUAUUAUUUCUUUUUAGACGAGAACUUCAGAAAAAAGUGACUGAAGAAGAAAUGUCUUCACCUCAAGCCUCUAAAUUGAAGAUGUGGAAGGAGACUUGCGCCUCAAUACUUGGCAUAUCCAAGACAAAGCUUCACAAUGUCUAUCAUUGCAUGCUGUCUUUGUGCUUAUCCUCAAAGAAUGGCUGGAAGCACAUUGAAGAUUUUGUGUCGUCCUGGCAUUCACGAAACCUUAAAAAAAUACCAAAAGGGGAAAUUAAGAAGACACAUUUCACAAAAAUGAGUGGGCCAACAGAGGAAGAGAGAAAUUCCUUGCUUGUCAAGUUGAUGGAGGGCGAAAUUGACUGGGUAGAGUUUAACAGGAGCUGUGCAUCCAAAAAAAAGUCAUCUAAAGCGAAAACAAGGACGGUGGAAGGUGAAAAAGCCCAAACGCCAUCUCCAAAAGAAGGAACCCCUAUGUCAGAGCAAAGUGAAACGGAGGAUGUUCAUCCUAACCAAGAAAAAGUGCUAGAAAACAAAAUCAAGGUCCAACAACAGACAGAAGAAAGAUUGAGAAAAGAAAUAUUGGACCUUGAAAAUGUCAUUCAGCUUCAAGCUGCUGACAUAAAGAAACUUGAAAUAUCUGAGAGGAAAGUAAAUUAUGCAGAAGAUGAAAUCAAAGAGCUUUUGAGAGAAAACAAAAUGCAGUCGGAAAAGAUUAAAAGCCUUACCAACGAAAUUCUAGAUCUGAAGAAUAUCAGAAAAGUCAAGCAGGAACUGGAAGAUCAAAAUCGUCAACUCAUUAAAGAAAAUGAAGAAUUAAAAGAACAACUAAAUUCUGUUCAGAAAAGGAAAUUCCUUGACCAAGAAGAGGCUUCAACUGCUACUGGAAAAAAGAAACAAAAGACUCAUUCAGCACAACCUGUGAAGACUUCCCAGACAUGUGAUAUGGUAACCAUUGCUGUUGUUGAGUACAACAAAAAGGUGUAUUUAGGAGAAAUCGUUGAUGGCGAAACAAUUACCUUCGCCCAAAAACCAUUGGGAAAAUUGGACGCCCCAAUCAAUUGGAAUCAGUUGGAGGAAAAAAGCUUCACUCUUAAUCUUAAAGAUAAGGCUAAACUCGACUCUAGAUUUGUUGUUUGCACGAUGGAAUGUGCAAAGGAGAAGAACAGACUAGUGUUAUGUGACAGUAAUAAAAAAAUAAUUGACAGUAAAAAAUCAACAUUUUCAAAUCAAUAGCCAUAACCCAUUUUUGAUCCCAAGAUUAAUCAGUUAUUUUGGCAGCUCGUACAUGUACAUGUUGAUUCAAACAUAUUAAUUUGAUGAUUCCUAAAAAUUCAACUUGGCACUAAAUAUUUUGGCUUGCAGUAUUUCAUUAUCAUUAAUAUUUCUUAACCAUUGUUUUAAUAUUCGAUGAAUUCCCAUGUCCAGCGUUGGUUUAAAGUUUCAGAAAUAUGUAUUUUAUUGAUAAAUAUUUUUAAAAAUCACAUGCACUCUUGCUGAAUUCACGAAUAUUAUUCUUGUAAUAGCAUUUUAAGAUAAAUUUUUAAAGGAAAAAUCAACAUCAUUUAUAUUUUUAUCUCUGAAUUUUUUUAUCCUUCAUACUUUUGUGAAUUCAACCAAAUAAAGCCGGUAUAUGUGAUUCUAGUAAUUAUGAUCAAGAAUAAUUAGAUUUAAUCUGUAUUUUAACUGUAGGAAAUUGUUGAAUCAUUAAUUUCUAUUUAUUUAUGUAUUUAACCAACUGAUUUAAAGUAUUUUUAGUGGACUCGCAAGCUUUUCUCGGUGGAUUACUUUUAAUGAAUUAUUGCAAGUGAUAUAAAGUAUUUUGGUGAUUCCACCAACUUUGUUCGAUGGAAUUGUACCUAAAUGUUAUGUUGCAUUUAGGUUUUUGCAUGUUUUGGUGGUUCCACCAGCUUUGCUAUGUGUAAUAUUUACACUAUGUUUAAGCAAUUGAAAAACAACUUUGUUCUGUGAAAUAUUUACCUUGCAUAAAUGCAAUUGAUAUAAAGUAUUUUUGGUGAAUCCACCAGCUUGUUUCUUUGGAUUAGUAGCCCUGACAUUUACAUUUGGUUUUUACGUUUUUUUGGUGGUUCAACCAGUUAGUUUUUCAACAACAAAAAUUACAUUGUAUUUACGCAAUUUAUCUAUAGAGUUUCUGGUGGUUCCACCAGCUUUGUUUGGCGUUAUAUUUGUAUAAUAUUACAGCAACUGAAAUAAAUUUUUUUUUGGUGAUUCCACCAGCUUCCUUCGGUGCAAUAUUUAUGCUACAUUUAUACAAUUGAUAUAAAGUAUUUUUGGUGUUUCCACCAACUUUUUCUGUGGAAUAUGUACCCUGAUGUGAUGUUACAUUAAGGUUUUUACAUGUACAUUUUUGGUGGUUCCACCAGCUAUGUUAGCUGUAAUAUUUACAUUGCAUUUAUUCGAUUGAAGUGAUUUAUUUUUGGUGAUUCCACCAGCUUUGUUUUGUGAAAUAUUUACAUUGCAUUGAUGCAAUUGAUAUAAAGUAUUUUUGGUGUUUCCACCAACUUUUUCUGUGGAAUAUGUACCCUGAUGUGAUGUUACAUUAAGGUUUUUACAUGUACAUUUUUGGUGGUUCCACCAGCUAUGUUAGCUGUAAUAUUUACAUUGCAUUUAUUCGAUUGAAAUGAUUUAUUUUUGGUGAUUCCACCAGCUUUGUUUUGUGAAAUAUUUACAUUGCAGUGAUGCAAUUGAUAUAAAGUAUUUUUGGUGUUUCCACCAACUUUUUCUGUGGAAUAUGUACCCUGAUGUGAUGUUACAUUAAGGUUUUUACAUGUACAUUUUUGGUGGUAACACCAGCUCUGUUAGCUGUAAUAUUUACAUUGCAUUUAUUCGAUUGAAAUGAUUUAUUUUUGGUGAUUCCACCAGCUUUGUUUUGUGAAAUAUUUACAUUGCAUUGAUGCAAUAUUGACAUUAAGUAUUUUUGGUGACUCCACCAGCUUUUUUUGCUGGAAUA